AUGAACAAGGGAUAUGCAUCAAGGAGAUUUACAAUCUCCAUCAUAAUAUUGUUGCCCCCUGUGUCUGCUGAACCUGCCAAGAAAAUCUCUGCCGACAAUCAUAUGAACCCUCAAUCGAGAUCGGCCCAAGGAUCACUGUCAAGGAAUGAGAGCAUAUCCUCCCCCGUGGUUCCUCCAUCCUCCAUCCCCUUGCAGCAGGAUCACAAGGUCAACCAUCCUGCCAACACCAUCGAUGAUGCAUGCGAGCAUCGCGCUAACCCGAGCGUCAAAGUCAGCAGCAUUUCUAAGACGGCCAACACACCUCAAACCUCCGCUGCCACUGCAGCUCCCAGGAAUGAGACUGUGCGGCAAAAGAGCAAAGGGAAUGCGACCGCAGUGCAACUGCAAUCUUCAGGAACUUCGCAUGAUAAACGUGACACGUCAGCAAUGGAUGCUGGAAAUUCUUCGGGGGACUUCAGACUGCAGGAGGAGGCUCGACCGUUGCUCGAAAGUUUGAACGCGGGCAGCCACGACCUGAAGUUGCCUGCGAACAAAAGUCGAUAUCAGUUCCCGGUUGAAGCGUUGAUCGACGGGGCCAAGCAGGGGGAGGCGAAGCAGGAUGACGUUACGAAGGAGAUCGAGGAGAUCGAAAGCUCCUUGAAGGCUGAGCUAGCGGCGAAUCCGAGCAACAUCACCAACAUCAUGGAGUUCUUCCACUUCAUGAGACUGGUGCUGGAGGACGAGGAGGCAGUCUCCAAGACCAACGCCUCUUUCAGCUCUGCGCUUGCGGUCGCUCCCAAUGAUCCUCUGGUCGCGCUGGUCUACGGAAACUUUCUCUUCGAGGUUCUCCAUGAUGCCGUGGCGGCGGAGGAGAUGUACAAGCGAGCUCUGCUCGUCGACCCCAACCAUGUUCUUGUCCUGGGAAACCUUGCAGCCCUUCAUCACACGGUCAAUGACAACUUGGAUCGUGCGGAGGAACUGUAUCAACGUGCAGUAGGAUGGGCACCGUCCGCCCCUGGAUAUUUCACCGUGGAAUAUCACGACCUGAGAAAUUCCACUGGGCUCCUUCCAUCUCGGCUGGAGUACGCAGCUGUCUUGUACAACUUCGGCGCUCUCUUGCAUGACGGGAGGAGGGACCUGCAACUUGCCAAAGCCAUGUACAACCUGGCGCUGCAGUAUGACCCUCACAAGUCGGAGCUGCUGAACAACAUGGGAAGCGUUCUGGCCCAGCUGAAAGAGUAUGAGGCUGCUGAGAGCAUGUAUCGUCGUGCCAUGACGUCCCGCAACGCGGAAGAGAACAUGGUGACAACAUGCCACAACUUUGGGAUCCUCCAGGCUGAGCGAGGUCGGAUCGACAAGGCUGCAGAGCUUCUCAACAAGGCUCUCCAGCUCGACCCCUUCCACAUCCCCACCUGCCUGACUUACGGGCGCCUCCUGCUCGAGACAAAGAUGGAUACGGAUGGGAGAUCAUGCCCCUUCAGGGCCGAGCGGAUGUACAAGAGAGCGUUGAGGAGGAAUCCAGGGCAGAUUCACGCGCUCGUUGGGUUUGCCCAGGUGUGCGAGGUGAAGGGAGACGUGGAGAUGGCAGAGGAGUUCUAUGCGAGGGCUACUGACUUCCACGAGGACAACAUGGACGCGCUGAUUCACAAGGGGCUCUUCCACGAGCUGAGCAGAAAGGAGAUCCGGCAAGCCGAUGUGCUCUACAGCAGAGCUCAGGAGCUUGAUUCAGUCAGAGCAAGAGAGAGGUACGACCUGCUCCUCCCUCGCCAUCAGAAGAUCGUCUCGCUCGCCCUCAAGUACCGCUCAAUGAAAAGUCGGGAAGAAGGACUUUCCAAGCACCAGAGCGUCGGGAGCUUCCUCGGCCGCUUCCUCCACUACCGUCCUCCUCUCCUCUCCGCAUGCUUCGGCUUGGCUGCUCCAGAGUCCCGAGACUCCGAACGUGCAAGGUCCAGCUCAGGGGACAGCAGGAAGCAGCCGAAUCAAGAGGAAGCGACGACUCUCGGGUCCGUCAUGGCAGCGGCAGAGCGUCUCUUGGCGCGCGUCAAAGCCUUCCUGGGAACCCCCCAGGACUUCGUCAGCUCGACCCUCGAGCACGAGGAGGAGAAGGACGCGGGCGCUGCCUCAAGUGACAGACCAUCGGCUGCCACCGACGUCUCGCCCAAGUUGCGGUCCUCGGAGGCGACGGUGGAGGAGCUGCGGGACGGGAGAGGUCAGGGAGGCAAGGAGGGUCCGGCGGAGAUUUCAGCCCAAAGUCGAUGCGAGUCAAGCCUGGACGUGCUGUACAACACUGACUUCGACGAGAGGGUCGCGCGGGCGAGGUCGUGGGAUGAGAUACGGGAAGUCACUAAGGAAUACUUGCGAGGCACGAAAGCCAGCGAUAUCAAAGGAGCCUUCCGAGGAGACCCGAACAUGGAGGAGGAGCUGGAAGAGCCUGACCUCCUUGCCGACGACCACGGGCAGCUGGAGGAGAACGAGCACGUGGAAGCUGUGGCUGAGCAGCAGAAGAAGUCCCGGACGGCCGAUGAGGAAGGAGGAAAGAGGCAGGAAACAAGUGGAGUGGAAGGGAAGACGACGGAGGAGCAGGAGGAGAAAGCCAAACCGGACGCGAACGCGGAGGACGCGAAGAGGAUGGAAAAAGAAGGAACUCAAGCUGAUAUUCGAAACUUCACCACCAACGUUUGA